CCUGCACUGUCUGCAGUCUCUGGUCAUCUGUACUAUGUCCACAGUCUCUGGUCAUUCCCUGUACUGUGUCCGCAGUCUCUGGUCAUCUUCUGUACUGUGUCCGCAGUCUCUGGUCAUCCCUUGUACUGUGUCCGCAGUCUCUGGUCAUCCCCUGUACUGUGUCCGCAGUCUCUGGUCAUCUUCUGUACUGUGUCCGCAGUCUCUGGUCAUCCCUUGUACUGUGUCCGCAGUCUCUGGUCAUCCCCUGUACUGUGUCCGCAGUCUCUGGUCAUUCCCUGUACUGUGUCCGCAGUCUCUAGUCAUCCCCUGUACUUCCCUUAGUUCAGAAUAAAACCUAGGUGCGUCUUAUGGUCAGGUGCGUCUUAUGGAGCGAAAAAUACGGGUUACCAUAUAAUUGGAUAGACACUUUGGGGGUUAUUUACUAAAACUAG